GUCCCUCCCGGUAAACCUGUAGGUGGUGAUCGUUACCGCCAGCCCCAGAGCGGACUCCGUACCCCCUCACAGCCUGUCUCUGUCUCAAUUCUUCCCGACACACCCUUGGAAUUAAUGUGUGAGCUAAAAUAAUUACAAAGGCUCUAGAGCCAAAACCUCCACCCAUCCCUUGCGCCGCGCUGCACCCGGGACUUCACCGAACGACUUCAGUCAUUUUAGGUAGGGCGCGAUUCUCCAGACUUCUGUUUAUUCAUCCCGCCGCACCAUGGCCCCGGGCGUCUUUUGCGUCAGCCUGCUCACCGUGAUCAUAGCUCAGUCUGUUGAGUGCUGUGUUCCUCAUUCCAUCCAAGCCCAGGUCCCAGUGGAGGUCAGGCCUGGCUAUGUCAUCUCUCAAGUGACAGGGUGUCACAUACAGGGACAGUGGCUGACCUCCAGUGACCCCCACUUCGCCAUGCGCAGCGACGGCUCCAUAGUCACGGUGGACGUCACCACGGUUACAGCGGAGGGCAGGUCCUUCUGGGUGAGGGGGAGGGAUGGGGGAGGACGGCACUGGAGGAUGGAGGUCCAUCUGUCCCCAGACCCUGAACAGAAGCAUAUUCAAGUACCCAUGAGGGUGCCCUUCAAUGUGCCUGCGCAUAAAGGGUUCCAGAGGGGUCCUUCUGAGGUCCUGAGGCGCUCUAAAAGGAGAUGGAGUCCUCUCCCGUUCAGCAUUAUAGAGCAGGACAUCCCUCCUUUCCCCAAAGAUGUAGAACUGGUGGGGUCAGAUUCAUCAGUGAAUUUCACAGUGUACUAUAUAAUCAGUGGUUCAGGGGUGACCAUGCCCCCGGAGAAGCUUUUCUCUGUGGAUCGUGACACAGGCAUGGUGCGUGUGCACUACCCUGUUGACCGGGAACAGUACCCCAAGUUUGUGUUCACAGCCCAGGUGUUUGACAGGCGGUCAGGGAAGGAGACUGAUCGGCCUCUGGACAUCACUGUUCUGGUGGAAGAUAUCAAUGACAACGCACCGACCUUCUCUGGACCACUCGCCUUCUCUGUGUUAGAGCAGUGCAAACCUGGUACUGAGGUAGGAGAAGUGAAAUCCACUGAUAAGGAUGAAGCAGACACUCCCCACACUAAGAUCAGAUACACCCUUCUGACUGGUGGUCAGUUCUUCACCAUCGGGUCUCACAGUGGGCUGAUCACAGCCAAGACCAGCACUCUUGACAGAGAGACGCAGGUUGUCAAUGCUGUUACCGUGGAGAUCCGGGACAUGGACGGAGCUAAGAACGGCCUGUUUAACACUGCUACGGCCACCAUUACGCUACUGGACAUCAACGACAACCCUCCCACCUUCAGGGAGACCACCUACAAGGCCACUGUAAAGGAGAACCAAGUAGACGUGCUGGUCCUGAGGAUUCCUGUGGAUGACAAGGAUGAGGAGAAGACUCCAAACUGGAACGCAAGGUUUGUCAUCACCCAGGGCAACGAGAAUGGGAAUUUCCGGAUCGACACGGACCCUGAAACCAACGAGGGCCUGCUCUAUGUCAUCAAGCCUCUUGAUUAUGAGAAGGGGAAGACAGUGAAGCUGAUGAUCUCUGCCCAGAACGAGGCUCCCCUGGUGGGCAUGGCAGGGACCUGGCUGUCCAUCCCUGUGGAUGUCAGUGUGGGUGAUGAGGACGAGGGGCCAGAGUUUACCCCUCCUAAUAUGGUGAUCAGGGUUAAAGAGAACACUCCCAACGGGACCCUCCUCUCCACCUACACCGCACUGGACCCAGAGACCAAGAGUAGCAAGGGGAUCAAGUACUACACAAAAUUUGACCCUGGCUCAUGGAUAGCUGUGGGAGAGACCACGGGAGAGCUGAGGGUAGCUAACACCAUCGACCUUGAGUCUCCUCUAGUUACCAACGGAGCCUACACCAUCACUAUCAAAGCUGUGGACGAGAGUAAGAAGUCUGGCAAUGGCAAUAUAACGCUGCUGAUCGAGGACGUCAAUGAUAACGUCCCAAUGAUCGUCCCGGGGACAUACCUGACGCUGUGUGAGGGGGAGGACGGGCAGAUGGGCUCUGUAACCAUAGAAGCAGAGGAUGCUGACCUAUCACCUUAUGCCAGACCCUUCAACUUCAUGCUGCCAGAGGGGCAUGAUGGGAAAUGGAGGCUGAGAGACAUUCAAAAUGGGUCAGCUGUGCUGGAGCAGGUGGUGGAGAUGGCCCGGGGUGUGUAUACAGUCCCUGUGCAUGUGACUGACCUCCAGAAUAAGGGCGGGGUCCAGGUGUUGUCUGUAAGGGUGUGUCAGUGCCUGGGGGGAGAGUGUGUGGCCAAGAGGAGUUCUGUCUCUGUGGGGAUCUGGGGCGUCCUAGCCAUGCUGCUGGCUUUCCUGCUGCUCCUACUGCUCUGUCUAUUAUUUGUGUUUUACUGCACCACUAAGGGAGAGAAGAUCUAUAUGGAAGACUGUAGUGGUGGCAUGCUGCUGAAGUCUAACACAGAGGCUCCUGGAGAUGAAGUGAAAUCUGCGGCCCUGCUGAUUGUACCUUCCACCGGUGUUGCCGUGGACACAGUGGAUGGCUCUGUGAAGGGGGCAGGGCUGGUGGGGCUUCUGGAUCAGAAUGGGGCGGGGUGUCCGGCUCCAGGUCCUCCUCUGAUUGGUCAGAAGACGAUCAAUCUGAAUCGGGAGAGCAUGUAUCAGACGAGCAGCAGGCGGGACUACCUGACAGCUCAGGGACAGAGUAGCUUUUACUCCACUGGACAGUACGGGGGCGGUAACUUCUACACAGACACUACCUUCCUCAAACAGUCCCAGGCUUCCUCCACUCUCUCCGCCUUGCACACCUGGAAGACCAACGGACUCUACCUGGGCAAGAAGCUGGUGUAUUUUGCAGAUGAGUCAGAGGAGCGUUAUGCGGACGACGUGGCCCGAGCGUACGGGUACGAGGGUGAAGGGUCACCAGCUGGGUCGGUGGGUUGCUGCAGUGACUUUGGUGACCAGGAUAACCUGGACUUCCUGGACUCACUGGGGUCAAAGUUCAAAACACUGGCCAACAUCUGCAUGGACAAGGAGGAGGAGAUCUGAGACGGAGAUGAGAACACGAAUAAAGAACACAACUAACGGGAACACAAAGCAACUAAUAAGAUCAGAACCUUUGAGGGAACGACAAUCACUAAAGUCAAUGGAUGGUGAAUGCCAAGUGUGUGUCGUCAGUAUGUGAGACUGUCAGUGAGUGAGACUGAUGAUAGAGCUGUUGUUUUGGAUGGGAGACAAAGAUAUGGCAGGUAUUCUCUCUCUCCUCAGCCUUCUACAUUGCCUGUAGAAGAAUGAAGAAGCGAGACAUCACCCAGACUAUUCUCACUCUGAGGUACACAUGCUACUGACUCUUAGUGCUCUGAUCUGGUUUCUGUUAUGCUCUGCUUUGACACCAGGGGGCGUAUGUCCCUGUUUUUACUGUAAUACAACACUUGCCAGGAUCAGUGUGUUUGUGUGUGUCUAUGUGUGUGAUAGAGAUCAUAUUGCUGGAGUUGUCAUUGCUGAAUGUGUAACAUAAUCUCUGAGUCAAUUGGUUUCUGUAGGAGACGAGAUAAGGCUUCAUAAUUGCUGCCGUUUGUCAAGGGCUCACACUAUCUUGUCUUUUUCUAAUGAGAAAAUAAAUAGCAAAUUUAAGCAGAAAGAGAAGAGCUUUGUUUUGUACAUUUGUGCUUGAAGAUGUUAAUGCAGAGUAUUUUUCUAUUGUACUGUAUACAUUAAAACGGUCUGCUUCUUGAA